AUGCCUUCUCCAACCUCUUCGUCCCACAGGGAUACAAAAGCACCAGCCUCAUCCCCCGACAAGCAGACAUCUCGACCACCACCUCAACCAGCAAAGCGACCCGCAAACUGGGUUGCCCAGCACGACGCCUUCAUUCGCGAACAGGCCCGUAACGGUGAAGACGCAGAGAGUAUCCGCAUCCUGUUCGAGGUCGAAUAUCCUGGUGUCAUUGUGAGCAAGGCGUGGGUCUUGGAGAGGAUGAAGGUGAUCGUCGUGGGCAGUGUGGCACUUAACGGCGUUGAAAAAGUGGCUGAUGAGACGGAUGAAUUUAUAUUGCCAAGAAUCCCCGUUAGGGAACGGCGUCAUGCCGCCGUAUGCUCUACCCUACGAGCUGGGCAAGAGAAGACGGUGAAAGUCGGAUCCACCGAACGCAGCUUUUCGACAUGUCCGUCACACUUUCGUGAAAGGUUCCGGAUGCCUCCUUCAUUGCACGGAAAACACUUUCCAGAGCUUCGACGGUGGAAAUUGAUCCAUGGGACAAGCGGAGGCUUAGUGAUCAGCAGCGAUCAGCUCGUUGCCCUGUUCCAAAGGCCGGUGUAA